AUGACAGAGCAGAAAACUUUGGACGCCACCCUCAAAGUCCCAUUAAAGACUUUCUCCGAACUGUUUACGAGGAAGAAAAGGCAGUCAGACAAAUGUGACUGCUCACGGAAAGCCCUGAAUUGUCCACCUGGCCCACCAGGUCCACGUGGUGAACCAGGAGAGCGUGGCCAAGACGGUGCUGAGGGACCCCACGGUGAAAAUGGCGCUCCAGGUCUUACGCUUUUGUUCGAAUCCGACACAUUAACUGGAUGCAUAAAAUGCCCGCAAGGUCCGCCAGGACUACCCGGACAACAGGGACCACCUGGACCACCAGGAGCACCGGGUACGCCUGGACUACGCGGCCCACCUGGUGAAAGUGGAGCACCUGGACCUGAGGGAAUGAUUGGCGAACAAGGUCCUCCAGGACACGUUGGACACGACGGCGCUCAAGGCCCUAGUGGCAAACCAGGCACGGUUCACUUACCUGGAUUGCCUGGACCUCCUGGAAUACAAGGACCGAAGGGUCCUGUCGGAGAACCUGGAGCACCCGGUGUACCAGGUGAAGAUGGUGAACCUGGCCGAGACGGUCCACCAGGACUUCCUGGAAGGCCAGGACGACGAGGGCAAGACGGAAAUCCGGGAAUACCUGGAGGAAAUGGACUCGAUGGUCAAGAUGCUAACUAUUGCAAGUGCCCACCAAGAUCUCAUCAAAAAACUAUAUAA